AUGGCUGAUCUGCUGCCAUCCGUAGCCAACACAUGGACCAACGUCUCUGAUACGAUCAGUAACAUACCAACCAUGGUCAAGCUAUUGCCCUUCGACGUACCGUCCAAGUUUAUUGCCGUAGCUGGCACUGCUGCUCUUGGUUAUUACGUGGAUCAAAAACUGCUCAUCUCGUCGGACAUGUAUCAUUUGAGUAUACAGGCACUAGCACUAUUAGAAGCUAAACGUCAUGCAUCUCAUGACAUGCUGCUACCGGAUUUAUUCGAACAAAGCGUAGACAAGUGGCCACACAAGUCCUGCAUGCAAUUUGGUCGACGUGUUCUGAGCUUUCAGCAAGUGGACGAGGCAGCUAAUCGCGUGGCUCAUUGGGGCUUGCAACGGGGUCUACAAGCUGGUCAAACAGUGGCGUUGCUGAUGGAAAAUCGACCCGAGUUUGUCAUUGUGUGGCUCGGUCUGACGAAGAUUGGGGUCGUCACGGCUCUACUUAACACGCACCUCCAGCCAGACGGACUUAUUCAUUGCACCAUGAUCGCAGACACCAAGUGGAUGAUUGUGGGUGAAGAACUGGCUGGGAAACUCGAGAAAGUGGCAGAUAAAUUGGCUCAUAUCAGCUUCCUCAUCUAUGGCAAUGGGGAGUUGACGGCACAGGCGGCGGCUGCGUAUCUGCCUCAAGCGUCUUCGCUGGAUCCCGAGCUGAAGAAGAUGAAGUUGGAGCGGCCGUCGCAGUUGCUCCGCAAGGACGCCAAGAUCACGACAUCGGACAUUGCGUUGCUGAUCUACACAAGUGGGACGACAGGACUGCCAAAGGCUGCACGAGUAAGCCACUUUAGCAUCAUUCUGCGCUCGCUGGCCUUCAAGUACACCAUGCAUUUGUCCAUGUACGACAGACUAUACUGUGCGCUGCCACUCUACCAUACAUCAGGUGGCAACUUGGCGGUUGGGAUGAUGAUUUUUUCCGGUGCUACUCUGUGCAUUUCGCGUCGUUUCUCGACAACCAAGUUUUGGGAUGAAGUUCGUGCGUACGAUUGCACCGUCAUUCAAUAUAUCGGCGAGAUGUGCCGAUACUUGCUUAAUGCGCCCGUGAAGGCGAACGACAAGGAGAACCGCAUACGGGCAGCUUUUGGAAACGGAUUGCGUCCUGAUGUGUGGGCGCCGUUUCAAGAACGCUUCGGUAUUCCAUCAGUGUAUGAAUUUUAUGGCUCGACGGAGGGACCGAUGGGCAUGUUAAACGCUUGCACGACGAAAGCCGACCAGGGACAUCUCGGUCGUCGUGGCUUUAUCAGUAACGCAAUCGCUGGUUUCGCAAUUGUUAAGUAUGAUGUCGAAAAGGACGACUACAUCCGGUCGGAAAAAGGGUUUCUCCAGCACUGUGCGAUCAACGAACCGGGUGAACUGAUUGUAAAGGUGAGCACGAAGGAUUCCGUGCGAGAAUUUAAGGGCUACUAUAAAAACGCAGAAGAGUCGUGCAAAAAGGUACUAACGGAUGUGUUCAAGAAGGGUGACAUGUAUUUUCGAACGGGCGACUUGUUUAAGGAAGACGAAAGACACUGCUGGCACUUCUUGGAUCGCGUAGGAGAUACGUUCCGGUGGAAGGGAGAAAACGUAGCUACAAAUGAAGUUGCAGAGGCUGUCUCCAAGUUCCCCGGGCUCAGCGAGAUUUGCAUUUACGGUGUUGAGGUCCCGGGUAGUGAUGGCCGUGCGUGCAUGGCUGCCAUGGUUUUUGAUGAGAAAUCAUUUGACAUGAAAAAGUUUGCGGAAUUUGUCAAGCAGCAGCUGCCGACUUAUGCCAUGCCGCUGUUCCUCCGCAAGCUGGAAACCAUGUCAGUCACGGGGACGAUGAAGCAGGAAAAGGCCAAGUUGCGAAAGGAGGGCAUGGAUCCAUCGAUCGUGUUGGACCGUCUUUGGGUUUUCAACCGAGUCAAAGACAACUAUGAGCCGCUCACGAGCGAGACCUACCACCAAGUGAUCACGAACUCCCGUCUAUAA